UCGCAGCACAGUAAACACACACACACACACACACACACACACACACACACACACACACACACGAGGCUGGAAUCAUGGGUAUACUAUGUCUUUAAUAAAGGAUCUUUCUUGGCCAGGCACAGUGGCUCACACCUGCAAUCCCAGCACUUUGGGUGGCCAUGGUGGGCGGAUUGCUUGAGCCCAGGAGUUCAAGACCAGCCUGGGCAACAUGGUGAAACCCCAUCUAUGCCAAAAACAAACAAACAAAAAAACAAACCACAAAAAUUAGCUGGACGUCAUAUGCCUGUAGUCCCAGCUACUUGAUACUCGGGAAGCUGAGGUGGGAGGAUCACUUAAGCCAGGGUGGUGGACUGUUGCAAUGAGCCAAGAUCAUGCCACUGCACUCCAGCCUCGGUAACAAUGUUUCAAAAAAAAAAGUAUUUUUCUUGAUUGGACAAUGAGAAUUCUAAUUGUAAUGGAUAUCUAUUGUUUGGUCCUCCCCCUUCUUGUGGGAAACGGUCUUUCUCUACUUCCACAAGGUAGUGUCCAUUGUUCUUACCUGAAAUGGCAGUUACGAGAACAUGACAAUGUGCAUGUUCUUAAAGAUCCUAGAUCUUUGGCACAGUCAUUUGAUUCAUGGACAGGCAACUAGCUGGACCAAUGAACUAGCCUUCCCUGAGAAUUUUUAACUUGGGACUAGAGAUCAUCAUACCUCGCCUGUCUGAUGAUGAGGCAGAAGAUGAAAUGUUGGGAGCUGUCAGUGGCCUUGUUUCCAGACAUAUGGAGGAAGCUGGUCUAACAGCAUGAAGCCAAUGUGCAGAGAGAGUGGCAGAGCUGAGCCAUAGGGGCAGAGGCAUUCUCGUUCUAGAAGUCCCAGCAGUCCCUCCCCUUCUUGGAGUCUGUCCAUAUCAACAGUACAUUCCUCCCUUCUGCCUAACAGUUGAGUUCCUGUCAAUGGCAACCAAGAGAGGUGUGACUGAUUCAUGUAUUCAAAGGGCUGUUGUGAGAACUUGUGCCUGACUCACAGUGGGGACUCAACAAAUGUUGGUUUAUUACUCUUAUAUUUAACGCCUAAAGUCUGAAUGCGAAAAGGUUAGGGCAAUUCCAGAAGGAAUUACUAUGCAGAAGGGAAAACUGGUUGACAGGUUAACUUUCCUUUGAACAUCACAAGGGAAGGCACCUAAAGACAAAAGGAAGGCUUCCUCCACGCCCCCCAUACACACACAUUCCCUUCAUCCUAACCUGGCUCUGCAGCUCCGAGGGUCACAUACCUGCCCUUGGCACUACUAGUACUUCCUCCAGCAAGUCUCAGUCUUUCUUUCAGAAUCCUUCGCCCUUAUGCCAUGUAACAUCUGAUCGGCCCGGUCUUUGCCCCUAGUAUCAGCAGGCCAAUACGUGCUCUGCUACAGGUCUUACAGGGAGGGUGAGCUCUUGGAGUUGGAUCAGAAGGAGAGGGGCUGGGGAAAGAUCGUCUUCAAAUUGUUUCUUUGGCGGUAGUAUAUAUAAACAUAUUUAGGUAGGGCAUAGUGGCACAUGUCUGUAACCCCAGCACUUUGGGAGGCCGAAGCGUGAGGAUCGCUUAAAGACAGGAGUUGAAAAUCAUAUUGGUCAACAUAGUGAGAUUGCAGUGAGCCAUUAUCGCGCCACUGCAUUCCUGCCUGGGUGACAGUGCGAGACCCCUUCUCAAAAAAAAAAAAAAAAAAAAAGAAAGAAAGAAAGAAAGAAGAAAAUCAUAAGCAAACAACAACAAAAAAACAAAUUUAAAGAAUGGCGGUCUGCUUAAUUCUCCGUGCCAGCCCUUGAAAUCAGUGGGUAUUAUUAUGUAGAGUUUGAGUUCUUUCCUCCCUUGAGUAACAUGAGUGACAUCAGUAACAUUAGUCAAGCGCUGCUCUUUUUGAAAGACUGUAUUUCAUUAUUUUUAUUCUAAACCUUACUCUGUUUGAUGAAGAUUGGGGGAGGAGCCCUCCCAAUUCCACCGCCCACACAUAACAGCGGUUGCUAGCAUUCUUUAUUUGUGCUAGGUCAUCUGCCUAUUGCUUAAACAUUUUUCGAGGCUGGAAAGGCUGCUCCCACUCAGGCAAUUCUGACGUGGCGGCCCUUCUAAUUUAUAUUCUCUAAAUAAUUCUUCAUUUAGAGAAACAGUCAAGGAUUACAGUGAGGGAGGGUGACGUGCUGACGCGGACAGAGCUUGGCUUUUGAUCAUUCUCCCCUUAGCUCUGCCCAGGCAAGCGUCCCUAACUCAGGGUAUCGGAACCGAUCUCCCUUAGAGGAUUAUGUUUCAACCACCAGCCUCAGCGGGUUACUCAAAUGUCCUUCCAGCCAAAUGCAGAAGUCUCCCUGGGAGUAAUUUUGGUGAAGUCAGCUUUUGCCUUUUUUAUCACAGGCAGGCUUUAGUAGUUCCUCAAAACGUGCACCACAACUGCCCGGCUGCCAAACAGAAAUGCUGAUGCCUGGGCCCACUCUAGCCAUUUGGCCUCGGCAUCACGGUGCGGGAGCGUGGGGCGCAGACUCGCAUUGUCACAGGAACCUCCCGGCCUUCCGAAGAGCCCCGCGACAGGGCCUUUGUCUCGCACGUCGGCUGGGGCGGGAGCUAGGUUCUCGCAGCCUCCUCCCACCGCUCUGCGCCUUCUUUGUCCCUCCAGAAGCCGCCAUCAAAGCUCAGCUCCUGAUUAGGUUUCGGCCCCGCUGGCCGGCGCAGUCUCGGCGACUACCCCAGGCGGCCUGGCGCACGCGAGGAUUCGCCGCGCCCCAGAUGCAGGUGCCUCCCAUCCUUAGCCGCCGACCGACAGUGCACGCCGCGGCCGCCGGAAGUGACAGCGCCUGUCGUUGGGGAGCUCCCGCCCCUUCCGCCUCGGCGCCCCGCCCAGGCCUCGCCCCUAGGUGUUCCCGCCCCUCCCCCUCCCGUGUCGCUCGCUUUCUGUCAGCUUCUCUCCCUCUCCCUCUCCCCUCUCCUUCCUCUCGCUUCCUCUCUCGCACCUGAGCGUACGCACCUGCCCGGGCCCGGCUCCCUCCUCCUCUCCCCUCCCUCUUUCCCCGCCCGGCCGCGGGAGCCUCGUGGCUGCGUCACCGCCGCCCCCCCAGACAAGAUGGACACCGCGGAGGAAGACAUAUGUAGAGUGUGUCGGUCAGAAGGAACACCUGAGAAACCGCUUUAUCAUCCUUGUGUAUGUACUGGCAGUAUUAAGUUUAUCCAUCAAGAAUGCUUAGUUCAAUGGCUGAAACACAGUCGAAAAGAAUACUGUGAAUUAUGCAAGCACAGAUUUGCUUUUACACCAAUUUAUUCUCCAGAUAUGCCUUCACGGCUUCCAAUUCAAGACAUAUUUGCUGGACUGGUUACAAGUAUUGGCACUGCAAUACGAUAUUGGUUUCAUUAUACACUUGUGGCCUUUGCAUGGUUGGGAGUUGUUCCUCUUACAGCAUGCCGCAUCUACAAGUGCUUGUUUACUGGCUCCGUGAGCUCACUACUGACGCUGCCAUUAGAUAUGCUGUCAACGGAAAAUUUGUUGGCAGAUUGUUUGCAGGGUUGUUUUGUGGUGACGUGCACACUGUGUGCAUUCAUCAGCCUGGUGUGGUUGAGAGAGCAGAUAGUCCAUGGGGGAGCACCAAUUUGGUUGGAGCAUGCUGCCCCACCCUUCAAUGCUGCGGGGCAUCACCAAAAUGAGGCUCCAGCAGGAGGAAAUGGUGCAGAAAAUGUUGCUGCUGAUCAGCCUGCUAACCCACCAGCUGAGAACGCAGUGGUGGGGGAAAACCCUGAUGCCCAGGAUGACCAGGCAGAAGAGGAGGAGGAGGACAAUGAGGAGGAAGAUGACGCUGGUGUGGAGGAUGCGGCAGAUGCUAAUAACGGAGCCCAGGAUGACAUGAAUUGGAAUGCUUUAGAAUGGGACCGAGCUGCUGAAGAGCUUACAUGGGAAAGAAUGCUAGGACUUGAUGGAUCACUAGUUUUUCUGGAACAUGUCUUCUGGGUGGUAUCUUUAAAUACACUGUUCAUUCUUGUUUUUGCAUUUUGCCCUUACCAUAUUGGUCAUUUCUCCCUUGUUGGUUUGGGAUUUGAAGAACACGUCCAAGCAUCUCAUUUUGAAGGCCUAAUCACAACCAUAGUUGGGUAUAUACUUUUAGCAAUAACACUGAUAAUUUGUCAUGGCUUGGCAACUCUUGUGAAAUUUCAUAGAUCUCGUCGCUUACUGGGAGUCUGCUAUAUUGUUGUUAAGGUCUCUUUGUUAGUGGUGGUAGAAAUUGGAGUAUUCCCUCUCAUUUGUGGUUGGUGGCUGGAUAUCUGUUCCUUGGAAAUGUUUGAUGCUACUCUGAAAGAUCGAGAACUGAGCUUUCAGUCGGCUCCAGGUACUACCAUGUUUCUGCAUUGGCUAGUGGGAAUGGUAUAUGUCUUCUACUUUGCCUCCUUCAUUCUACUACUGAGAGAGGUACUUCGACCUGGUGUCCUGUGGUUUCUAAGGAAUUUGAAUGAUCCAGAUUUCAAUCCAGUACAGGAAAUGAUCCAUUUGCCAAUAUAUAGGCAUCUCCGAAGAUUUAUUUUGUCAGUGAUUGUCUUUGGCUCCAUUGUCCUCCUGAUGCUUUGGCUUCCUAUACGUAUAAUUAAGAGUGUGCUGCCUAAUUUUCUUCCAUACAAUGUCAUGCUCUACAGUGAUGCUCCAGUGAGUGAACUGUCCCUCGAGCUGCUUCUGCUUCAGGUUGUCUUGCCAGCAUUACUCGAACAGGGACACACGAGGCAGUGGCUGAAGGGGCUGGUGCGAGCGUGGACUGUGACUGCCGGAUACUUGCUGGAUCUUCAUUCUUAUUUAUUGGGAGACCAGGAAGAAAAUGAAAACAGUGCAAAUCAACAAGUUAACAAUAAUCAGCAUGCUCGAAAUAACAACGCUAUUCCUGUGGUGGGAGAAGGCCUUCAUGCAGCCCACCAAGCCAUACUCCAGCAGGGAGGGCCUGUUGGCUUUCAGCCUUACCGCCGACCUUUAAAUUUUCCACUCAGGAUAUUUCUGUUGAUUGUCUUCAUGUGUAUAACAUUACUGAUUGCCAGCCUCAUCUGCCUUACUUUACCAGUAUUUGCUGGCCGUUGGUUAAUGUCAUUUUGGACGGGGACUGCCAAAAUCCAUGAGCUCUACACAGCUGCUUGUGGUCUCUAUGUUUGCUGGCUAACCAUAAGGGCUGUGACGGUGAUGGUGGCAUGGAUGCCUCAGGGACGCAGAGUGAUCUUCCAGAAGGUUAAAGAGUGGUCUCUCAUGAUCAUGAAGACUUUGAUAGUUGCGGUGCUGUUGGCUGGAGUUGUCCCUCUCCUUCUGGGGCUCCUGUUUGAGCUGGUCAUUGUGGCUCCCCUGAGGGUUCCCUUGGAUCAGACUCCUCUUUUUUAUCCAUGGCAGGACUGGGCACUUGGAGUCCUGCAUGCCAAAAUCAUUGCAGCUAUAACAUUGAUGGGUCCUCAGUGGUGGUUGAAAACUGUAAUUGAACAGGUUUACGCAAAUGGCAUCCGGAACAUUGACCUUCACUAUAUUGUUCGUAAACUGGCAGCUCCCGUGAUCUCUGUGCUGUUGCUUUCCCUGUGUGUACCUUAUGUCAUAGCUUCUGGUGUUGUUCCUUUACUAGGUGUUACUGCGGAAAUGCAAAACUUAGUCCAUCGGCGGAUUUAUCCAUUUUUACUGAUGGUCGUGGUAUUGAUGGCAAUUUUGUCCUUCCAAGUCCGCCAGUUUAAGCGCCUUUAUGAACAUAUUAAAAAUGACAAGUACCUUGUGGGUCAACGACUCGUGAACUACGAACGGAAAUCUGGCAAACAAGGCUCAUCUCCACCACCUCCACAGUCAUCCCAAGAAUAAAGUAGUUGUCUCAACAACUUGACCUUCCCCUUUACAUGUCCUUUUUUGUGGACUUCUCUCUUUGGAGAUUUUUCCCAGUGAUCUCUCAGCGUUGUUUUUAAGUUAAAUGUAUUUGACUUGUGUUCUCAGCAUUCAGAGAGCAGCGGUGUAAGAUUCUGCUGUUCUCCCUGGAUCUUCUGACAUUACUGCUGUCUGAGAUUUGUAUAUGUGUAAAUACAAGUUCCUUGAUACCCUAAAACCUUGGAUUAAACAGAAUGUGCAUUGUACAUCUUUAAACAAAA